AUGAAAGGGGAAACGCACACUCGGACCCCUGGACGCUGACGCGAGUCCAUCGAUCCCCAAGCCGUCUUCCUCCCUCUCCCGCAGAGGCGGCGGCGCACGAGGUGGGAAAGAUGUCGAGGGCCGUCAGGGUCCGCGGCGACGAGCUGGAGACGGAGCGGGGAGCAAGGGCGAAGAAGCGAAGCCUGGCAGUGGAUCGCUCGACGAGCUCUAGAUCUCCCGGCGACCUAGCUGUUCGGAGUUCCCAUUCCCACCCAGAGAUACUGUUCGCGAUCUUCGAGCCCGACGAAGCUCAAUCCGGAGCAACACAAGGUCGUGUGUGCGAUGUGGCCGAGUCCGCGACGGAGGAAUCCUCCGAUCCACCCAGCUCACCGAUCUACGAACCCUACAUUCCUGACGAACUAGCCGCAGAUCCAGUCGUACGCUCCGCCUUCAAGCAUGCCAUGGCUAAGUACGAGGCAGAAGAAGAUCGUCUAGCUGACCUGUUCACUAUGGAUCACUACUGGCACCAACCAUCUUCCUGCUUGCACACUGACAGUCGUUUCCUUCCCAUCCGUGAACUCGCAAGAGAUGCAGUACUUUUAGCUGCUAAAUCAGUCAUCUUGCUCUCAUCUUUUCUCGAGAACCAACUGCUGAAUAAAUGCUGUGGCUUGUGGUUUCAAAGGGACGGCCAGAGAAAAACAGCCCUUGUUUUGACGUCUGCCCAUGUAAUUCGUAAAGAUGAUAUCCACAAGUGGAAGCGGCAAUGGACAGGCGAAUAUCAUAAGAAUGCUAAGGUCAUUGUUCAUUUGCUGGAUAACAAAACUACACAAGGCCAGCUCAUCUAUCUUCAAGAGCAUUAUGAAUUUGCUAUUUAUGAAGUUCAAGUGGACAAACCAGUUCAUCUACCCACUUUUAAUGACCGUGUGCAUUCUGGUCAAGAUGUUUUCCGCCUUGGAAGAGAUGCAGAUUUGGAUAUAAAGAUAACACAUGGUAAUUUGGCCUAUGACAUUCCAUCUCGGUAUGAGAGAUGCCAUUACAUGUAUUUUCUUCGUGAUGCAUCUAGUCUCAAACUGUUACAUGAUGAUGGAGGGCCCAUCAUUGACUUAGAAGGAAAAGUUGUGGGUCUAGUUAACAAUCAAAUCAAUGAGACGUUUGUACCUUCGUCAAUAUUGCAUAAGUGCUUCGAUUUUUGGAGGAGGUUCAAUUGCAUGCCUCGCCUCCAUCUUGGAAUGACAUUUAGUCCAAUCAAGUUUUUAGAUCCUAUUUGUAUUGAGAGGAUGACUCGUAAGCAUAACAUCGACUCUGGUCUUAUUGUUGAGCAGGUGUCAAAAGAAUCACAUGCUGAGAAAAUUGGAAUUCGCAAGGGUGAUGUCAUUGAAAGUUUUAAUGGAAAGCACAUUUCUACUACAAUUGAGUUGGAAAGCAUGUUGAUAGACUUAUGUUGGGAUCAUUUUGAUCAAAGAAAGAAAUUGAAUGCUGAAAAAGAUGUUUCGGUGAAAAUAUUUGAUGCUACUAAACUUUGUCCGAGAACUAGAAACUUGACUGCAAUUGUAUCGGAUUGUGGAGAGGACAUUGUAAAAGGUGCUUACCCUAUCAUGGGUGAAGAAGCCAUGUCAGUCUUAUGAUUUUGAUCCUUGAGCUAGGCCUGAGGCACCUGCCCACUGCUGGCCUUCAUGGAUGAGUCAACCGAAUUAACCCUGCAUGCUCAUUGCAAAUUCAUUUUCGGCAUAAUGUUUUCGUUGUGUAUUCUUGG